AUGGAAGUCAAAUAUCGUCCACCACUUAAUGAUGUAAAUGAAUGCAAUUGGUUGGAGAAAAACUUUGUCUCUUGCCUCAAAGAAAAGAGUGUGAAAGAUGACCUUCCAAAAAGAGUAUGCAAAGUGGAAAAUAUUCUUUGGUUCUUUUUGGAAUGUCCAGAAAGAUCAUCACCUUAUGAGAAUGCUGAAUCACUAAGAAAGAUUUAUAUCAAACAAAAAUUGGCUGAUCUCAAUCCGACAGUUCCUGAACCAAGAAAAAGAAAAUGAAAUGCAUUAUCAUUAUAAUAAAUAUAAUAAUAAAAAUUA